CACUGAUGCGCAUGAUAGGCAGCACUGAUUGGCAUUGAUAAGGUGGCACUGACUGGCACUGAUGGGUGACACUGAAAGGCAGCUCAGAUGGGCACUGAUAUGUGGCAUUGAUGUGCACUGGUAGGCACUGAUAUGUGGCAUAGAUGUGGCACUGAUGGGCACUGGCACAAGCCACUGAUGAGCACUGACAGGUGGCACUGCUGGGACUACAUUGAUCAUCAGGGCACACUGAUCAUCACUGUCAGAGUGACAGUUCGAGAGGAGAGAAAUGCCGAUAACCGGAACUUCCUUGUUUACAUGUGAGCAGCUGUGAUUGG